AUGGUAUUUAAUGGAGAUUUUCAAGAAGAAGAUCUAUGGAGUCAACAUGUUGUGAAGAAGAAAUUAUCCAUUACUUCAAAAAUGAUCCCAAAAGCUAAAAUUGCUACAAUUAGCAACAAUGAGUCUACUCAUGUGCCAAAACAAUCAUCAUCUCCUAUUAACAUUUCUGAUAGGUCCAAGAUUUACAAAAAGAAAUCAUCAAGUAUAUUCAUGAAGAAUGAUAGUUAUAGUGAAAGUGUUGAAGAAGAUGAAGAUUCUGAUGAUAUUGAAAUGUUGUCACCACAUGAAUAUUUGGCUAAGAGGGUUGCUAGGAGUCAAAUUGAUCCUCCUUCUAUGUGUGAAGGUGUUGGGAGGACACUUAAGGUUACAGAUUUGAGUCGUGGAAUUAGUUGUUGA